CAACCAUUUAAGAACGAUUUCCUCAGCCUCUCUGCUCGCGUUCCUUCAUGUAGGCGACGUUUCCACUUUUCCCCCGGACUCGAAAACGAAACUGUUACCGCGCAGUUUCACUUUCAGCUUUACAACGCUCUGCAAACGUGACGACGACCGAGCAGAUCCUCUGAAACUAUAGUUGGCUCCUACAAUCCAGGGGGGCCGUUGUUGGACACGGGCUCCCGGGCUGGACUGAGCUGCUGGAGCCGUUCCACAGCUAAUGGUAUUUAUGCAACCCACUAUCAUUUGCACACCCAUAUACAAUUGAAUUCCCCGUUUCAAUUCUCAACACUUACUAUUUUUGCACAGCUGGGCAAUUCCAUCAAUACGUUUUAGGCCCUUUAUGUCUGCAGCUGCACAGGCAAGUGUUCACAGGAUCAUUCCCCAGGUGAACAACCUUAAUCUUUUCACUCUACUCUCUUCACGGUUCUCAAAAGCCCAGUAACUUUUUUUAUCUCCACUGAAAUAAAACAUUUCAUGGUGUGUUUAUGAGGGUCUUUCACAAAACCAUAUUGCACGCAGUUGCAUGCAGAUUAGUAUAAAGGCAAAACUCUGUAUUCUACAGCUCCUCCUUGAAGCCUCAAGAGCACGUCUGCCUUACACCACAUCUCUACUUUUUGCCUUCUGCUCACCAGAUAACCAGAGCACCAAGUCUACCAGAACGGUUAGUCUACCAGACUGCGGCUACGGAUACCGUUACUAUAGUAACAUUUAUAAACACCAAUGUCACUACAAAUGCAGUGUUGCCUGCUAUCAUGGAGAAGCAGCUUAAAAAGAAAACACGCUUAAACUGCAGAUAGAAUGACAUGGGAGGAAAAAUCACAGGACAAAGCAAGACCACCCAAUGAUGAACUCUGCAGAGAUGAGGAAGAUCAUCUGGAGAAGAUCAUGAUAGCAUCUGAGAAUGCAGAUGCCACAGGCAUUUCAAUUCUCUGCUCAGCGUGUCAACAAGCAAUACAUCCACACCGUUUUUUUCAUCACAAAAAAACCCACAAAGCUCUAACUUUGUUGGGCUGUGACAGCUCACAAACAAGGGUGGAUGCUAAAACACUUUUAGCUCAGCGACAGAAGCUAAUUUCAAAAGUGACCGAGCUUCCUAAAAAUUCUGAAAGACAUCGGCAGAAGAUCAACACUUCAUUUGAAUUUCUUAUGGAUGGUCACGCUCCUAGAUUGUUUUGUGAUCAUGACAAUACAAACAGUGUUAACACUCUCAAGGAAGUAAAGAAUUCAUCAAUAAAAGCAUUAUCAAUUAGUGAAGAUAAAAAUUCCAUAUGGCAGAGAGACAUGGAAGACAGAUUUUUUGUAGUGGACAACUAUGGAAGUAGGACAGAUACAUGUUUUCUGGGACUAAUUGAUGGGCACCAUGGCAUGACAGCUGCAGAAACAGUUGCAGCAGAGCUUCCACUUUUAUUUCUUGACCAGCUUGCUCAAACAGACCCCUCCUACAAAAUGACCAAGGAGGAAAGGCAAAUUCUAGACUCUCUUGCCACUGCAAUCACGGAAGACUACAGGGAAAAAGAGAGGAUUUUCUCUGACAGACAGGAGAACAAGACCCAUAAGACAAAUACUUACGAAUGGAUUCACAAAGCAUACACCAAGGCCUUCUGGAGAAUGGACAGACUUUUACAGCUAGGAAGGAAUGAGAUUUCCAGAGUUCGAUGGAGUGGCUGUUCAGCUGUAACCUGUUUGAUGGAAAGACUCCCCAGUGAAAAUACGGAUGACACUGAACACUUUGAAAACAGUUUGCAAAGUUCAUUAACUAGGACAACUGAGGAUGUUGCUGGGCUCCUGCACAUUGCUAACAUAGGUAACAUACACGCUGUUUUGUGUAAAAACGGCAAGAGUUAUCGCCUCUCAGAAGAGCACAGCACUUCUAAUGUAAGGGAGAAAAAACGCAUACUUCAGAAUGGUGGAAACAUCAGCUCUAAUGAACCAGAUGGAUUAGUAGAGGGUCACCUUAGAACUACAAGAGGUCUUGGAUAUCAUGGAGAUCCCGCACUAAAAGGAUCUGUGAUUCCCGUACCUCAUAGCAUCUCUGUCCCAAUUGACGAUUCCUGUCAAUUUCUUAUUUUAGCUUCUAAUGGGCUUUGGGAGGUUCUGGAUUACAACGAAGUGUGUGCGCUAACACUAACAACAUUCACUCAUUAUCUGAGAACGUAUGAACGCAUUCAACAAAACGGGGCUUCUCUGUAUAACUGCCUGUAUUUGUUACCCCGCUCUGAAGAAGAGUUAAGCGACUCAAAGGCUACAAAUUAUCAGCAAGUUGGAACAGAGAUGCAGGACUCCAGUAUGGAGAUUUUUCUCCCUGACUCAAAAAGCAGCACUACACACGGAAAGCCAAGAUGUUCUAGGAUGAGCUAUUUGCAAAGUGAAAAUGGAGAUGUUCCUAAGGAAACUGAUGACCACAAAAAUCAAGCUGACCCAGAACUGACACUUUUCAGUAAUGAUGAGAUAGGUCCAGAGAAAAGAGGGAUAAAACAGUCUGAUUCUAGCACACAAGUCAGCUCUGAAGAAAUGAAGCAGUCAGAGGACAGAAAAGUUUAUCUACAUAACAGUUCUCAGCCACAUUCACAAACCACAGCACCAGAAGAAACAGACAUUAUCCAUGCAACUAGUCCAAGUUACAUCCACAAACAGCUGCCAAAUAAACUGACAGUAAGGUCUGAAGACAUGAAACAGACUCAAAAUUGUACAAAAGCAUCUCUCUCUAUUUAUGACUCAGAUCUACAACAGGCUGAAAAAACAAAUUCUAAGAUAUCACAUGCCAAGCCUGUAGGUUAUACUGGCCACCAACUGCUGAAGGCUCCAUUGCCAGUGGAUUGUAAGACACCUACACAUUUUGAAGAAGACAUAAAAACAUACCCGGCCAGUUGUGAAUCACAAAUUGCAGGAAAAGGUGGGGUCACUUCCAAGGCACUCUAUGACAAUGCAGCAAGCUACAUCAGUGAACAAUUGGUAAAGGCUGCAUUACAUGCAGGUUCAAGAGAUAAUAUUACUAUUUUGAUUGUACUUCUAAACGGAUGUGAUAAGUUACCCAACUAACUAAACAUUUAAGAGGUAUCAUAUGACAAAUGGAGUUCCACACAGCACAAGCGUAUAUUUAGCUGUGUCAUGAAGUUACUUGCAAUCACCUUAAAUGCUGACCCAUAUAGCAAAUCAGACGAGCUCUCUCAAACUGUUCAA